AUGGUGGUGCUCGUCGUUUCUGUUCCUGCGAAAAACAUUUCCUUGAGCGACACGAAACUAUUCCGCUUAUCGAGCCCAUCCUCGUCGACUUCACCUUCAUCAAGCAAUGCGUCUAACAAAUCUUCCCUUUUCUUUCCGAUUCCCGAUUCCCUCUCCCGAAUCCUAUCCUCCACAAUCCCGGAAGCAAACACUAUCAACCUUCCCAAAUACUUNUCUAUGCUUCUUGUAUCUGGUGUUGAUAUAUGGACCAUAGUAAUUGGUACAUAUGUAGGUCGAUUCUCCUCUGGUGGUGUUGGUGAUGAUGAUGAUGAUGAUGAUGAUUUA